AUGGCUUUAUUCUACGACUAUAAUGUGGCAGUGCCCGCCAAUGUACGGCAAAUAUGCUCGGUUUGGGGAGAGCUGGACCCUGUGCUUGCUGUCGCAUUGGAAAAUCGGGAGAUCAACUUUUUUACAGAUGAGGGUGAAAAGCAACAAGGGCUGGAAAGCUGCUCUCGUUCGGCGGAUGUCGUUACGAUGGCCUGGCAGCCUCGUGGUGGGGCACUUGCCGUCGGUUGGAGCGAUGGAAUGAUAUCGCUGUGGAUACUUCAUGAGCAAGCGGCACGCGAGGUGAAUUCUCCACACUCGAGCCGCGUAUGCUUAUUGAAGUGGGCGCCGGCUGGUAACCGGCUCAUUUCUGCAGACGAAGAUGGAAUACUCGCCGUCUGGAAAGUGGACAGCCGCUGCCAGCUUACGCUCAGCACGCAGUAUGCGCGCCAUGGUAGCAUGACCCAUUGCGUCUUUGCAACACGUACUGCCCUGUCAAAGGAUAUUAACACCAAACAUGAUCAAUAUUCACUCAUAUGUCCGCAGUUUUUUUUUGGUGGCGAAGCAGCUUCGGUGCACUUUGCUGACGAUCUCGGGCAUAUAUCUGAUAUUCAAGUUUUGAAUCAUGCAGUCGAUUCCAUGAUGUUUUACGAAGAGGGUAACCGUCUUAUUGUCAUCACACGGGCAGCCCAGCUUGUGGUUUUUCAAGUAGAUGCAACGGACGGAACAGUGAAACCGAUUACAAAAGUGAAGCUUAGCCUCGCAGGAGAAGGAGCAUUGCUUGAAACGAAGUGGGCUAGCCCUGGUUUACUAGCAAUUGCAUCAGGUGAGCCUAUAGUGCGGUUCUGGAACAUUUGUACCGAAGAAAACAGCAUCCUGAGUUUGCCAAAGUCGAGUGGGCUCAUUUACAACGUCAAGAACUUAAGUUUCUCCCCGAGAAGGCGUAUUCUCGCGGCCGGAACAACUCAAGGAGCCGUGUUUUUCUGGCGUGCUACAUCUUUUGCUGACAACAAUGCUCAGAGCAACGAGGAUUCGCUUAUUGUGUCGUAUCGUUGGGACCUUCUAUUCACAGCUGAAUUAGGGCGAGCUGUCACGCGCAUCGGCUGGAGUAAUGCACAUUCCACCUUGUAUGCUAAUACUGUUGAAGGUGUCGUCAUAUUUCAUGAGGGCAAUAUGCAACGUGCGUUCUGCGGCGAUACUGCCGUCAUUCAGAUCCGUCCUAAGACGCUAUCAAUUGAAAAGUUCCAAGAUGGAGAGCACUCGGGGGUGAUCAUCACACAAUCGCAGGUCGAUGCUUCCCUGCGUGUGAAAGGUAUUUCGCACGACGGGUCCACACUCGUUGUUUGGAACGGCUCAAAAGCAGAAGUAUACGAGAUGAAGGACGGUGACGUGGCGCUAACAAACCACUUUCAGUCUUUUUCCAGCUCAAUGGUACUACGAGGUGAAUCAAUAUAUCGAACGAAUGGCAAUCACGUAGAAAUCUGUAAUCUUGCUGGCGUUGUUAAGAACACAAUUUCCUUCACAGAAGCUGAGGGCCGGCCAGCGCUGCUCUCGCUACAAAACAAAUUCCUUGCUGUGGGCACGGACCGUGGUCAUCUACGGGUCUUCGACGUAUCUCGCCGUGAUCCGAAAGCUCUUGGAAGUAUGGGUCAUCUUCAUGAAGCUUUUGGCGCAGAUACCAAGGCUGCUGUAAUGCAAUCAAUUUGUGUGAAUGCAGAUGGUACACGUAUUUGCAUUCUAGCCGAAAAAAUUGAAGGUGGAUUACGAAUACGUCAGCCUCUUAGCAAGCUUUUUUUGUUCCAGACGGAUCUCAAUGUUUAUCAGCAAUUCGACUUCGGAUCUUUAUGUGUCCCUACAUCUGUCUUCUUUGAUGCACAAGAGCCCCGUCUACUUGUUUGCGAGACUGUUAAGACAGGGGUCAAUCGGGUUUUGAUCGGCACAGGGAAUAGCACGAUUCGUCGAAACUCAAGUACCGACGAAGGAGGUGGUGGUGGUGGCUCCCGAGGGAUUCAAGUAUCUGACAAGGAAAUCACUAUUCUUUUUGCUUCAAACGAACACGGUCUUCUUAUGCAAGACACCUUUGACCUUGAUCUGAAGUACACAGCGCUGCUAGGCCUCCAAGUCCCACGAAUCUACUUCGUAGCAAAAGCUGAGAAUAAUUCAUCAGAAGACUCCAACACUGUAGUUCACGUUGGUCGUACAGCAGCAGAGAACCCCCUCACGAAAAGUCCAAUGGUAUAUGAUGCCUCAAGCUAUCUUCGGACGCAGAUCAUGCGUGACUUCACAGGCCUGGACAAGGUUAAUAAUGAGGCUAAACAAGCUCUUAUUGAUUUCUGCUACUUUAUGACAGUGGGCAACAUGGAUGAGGCCUAUCGAUCUGUAAAACUCAUUGAGAAUUCGUCUGUUUGGGAAAAUAUGGCGCGCAUGUGCGUCAAAACAAAGCGUUUGGAUGUUGCUGAAGUAUGCCUCGGAAACAUGGGGCACGCCCGUGGUGCAGCAGCUGUAGCGGAGGCCAAAAAGGAGCCUGAGCCGGAAGUAGCGAUUGCUAUGGUGGCGAUUCAGCUUGGUCUACGCGAUGAUGCAGCUCGGCUUUAUCGUGAGUGCGGACGCUUCGAUUUGCUCAAUAAGCUGUACCAAGCAAGCGGGCACUGGAAGAAAGCUGUUGAUGUAGCAGCCAAACGCGACCGAAUUCACAUGAGAACGACGUAUUAUGCACUAGCACGACACUAUGAGGAAAUGGGUGACUUGAAGGAUGCAAUGGAUGCUUAUGAAGAUGCCGGUACUCAUCAUAGAGACAUACCACGAAUGCUUUUUAAACUAGGAAAGAUUGAUCUAUUGCAAAAAUACAUUGCCACGUCGACUGACCGCGAAUUACUGAUUUGGUGGGCACAGUUUCAAGAAAGUCAGGGCCAUUUUGAAGUUGCGAUAGAUUGCUAUCAACGUGCCAAGGAUCAUUUGUCCACUGUUCGUGUCUUAUGCUUUAAAAAAGAUUUUCAUGCAGCUGUCAAGGUGGCACAGUCUAGUGGGAAUCGCGCGGCUGCUUAUCAUUUGGCCCGACAAUUCGAAGCGCAGAAUGACCUCUCCAACGCGAUCCACUUCUUUGGCAGCAGUGGCUGUUAUAAUCAUGCAAUUCGUCUCGCGAAGGAGCACCGUAUGGAUGCAGAUCUCAUGGGCUUUGCGCUGAUGAGUAAACCUGUUGAUAUGCUCGAUUGCGCGGCAUAUUUUGAGAGGCACCGUGAAAUGGAGAAAGCAGUCCACUUGUACCACAAAGGAGGGAAUGUGGCCAAAGCUCUUGAUUUGUGCUUUCAAGCGCAGCUUUUUGAAGAGUUACACCACCUCACAGACGAGCUCAAUGGUUCUGGUAACACGUCACCGACAAUUCUAAAGAAAUGUGUAGACUUUUUUAUUGCAAACGGCCAGUACGCCAAAGCCGUACAUUUGUGUUUGAUUGGGAAUCGAGUGACUGAAGCACUUGAUGUGUGCAUGCAGCAGAAUGUAUAUAUAACCGAUGAUAUGGCCGAGAAGAUGACACCACCGAAAGGUGAUGAUACUGCUACACCUGCAGACAAAAAACGACGGUCGGACUUAUUGCUCAGAUUGGCCAAAUGCUGUAAAAAGCAAGGCUCGUACCACUUGGCCACAAAAAAGUACACACAGGCCGGCAACAAACUCAAGGCUAUGAAAUGUUUGCUUAAGUCAGGCGACACUGAAAAGGUGGUGUUUUUUGCCAAUGUGUCGCGCAACGCUCAAAUCUUCGUUCUAGCUGCAAAUUACUUACAGAAUCUUAAUUGGCGCAAAGAUGCUGACAUUCUCAAAAACAUCACAAGCUUUUACACGAAAGCUCGCGCUUUUGAGCAGCUCGCAGCAUUUUAUGCUGGCUGCGCACAGGUCGAGAUCGAGGAAUAUCGUAAUUACGAGAAGGCAAUAACUGCUUUACAAGAAGCCGUGCAGGUUUCGUCUAAGUCUCGCGCUGCUGGAAAAGACGCAUUGCUGAAGCGCUAUGAAAAGCGAAUUUUGCUUAUUGAACAAUAUAUUGUGGCGCGGCAGCAGGCGAAGCACAACCCGAUGGGAGUGAUAGAUAUCGUCACGAAGUUACUACAGGAGCCAAACAUUGACGAGGCUAUUCGUAUGGGUGAUGGAUAUGCCAUGUUAGCUGAAGCGUACUACGAGGAGGGUGAGCUAAAUAAGAGCCUAGAGGUGAUGGAGGAAAUGAAGCGAAAAGGAUUAAUACUCAAGUCGUAUGUCGACUCGAAAAUAGUGGAGGCUGUGCAAGCAAAGCUAGGAAUUUUCAUCGGAGAUGAUAGACACGGUAGACUCUUUGUCAGCGACUCCAAGCAGUCGACUAGUCGUACGGGCUCACGAGAGGCACAGAGCAGUCGCACAGGCUCUCGGGAGGCUGGAAUGAAUCCUCCGAUCGCACGCGAGCACAAAAUGCGACCUGAUGAUGACAUUGAAGAUGAAUUGGAAGAAGAUAUCGCUGAUGACGAAUAA